GAUGGGCGUGGUCACAAGUGGGCCGACACGAUUGGUCGUUUUCCAAGUCAAUAAGCUCAAUUCGCACCCCGAUUGGUCAGAGAAAGUCAACCUCUUUCCCCCUUUCAACUUGUCUGGUGCCCGUCCAGUCCAGGCUCGGGUUCGAGCGUCUGUCCGUCUGCGUGUUGCACUCGGCUAAACUUUUCGGGGGAACACUGCACCGGGGGAGCUUUCGGUUGGGUUCUUCAAAGUGAACUUUUAGAUAAAGGCGAGCCCCGUUGAAACUUUAGUCUUCACUCGAGUUGGACAAAGAAAGAUGGCAGACAACGAGGAGCAGCAAGUGUCGUCCAGCUCGGCGCUCUUCACUGAGGAUUUCCACCACUACCAGGCCGAACCCGAACCCGACCUGUACAACGACAUGCCGCAUUCCAAGCAGGACCUCUUCAGCGUGGACGACAUCGUGGACUUGGUCGGAGGAGCCCACGACGCCCUGGAGAGGCACAUGGUCGAAGCCGGCGAGCCGCACGAGUUAACGGAAAGCCUCAAAGAAGAGCCCAGCUUGCUGGAGCUGGACCCCGAGCCGCAAGUUCUAGAAAAAGAAGAAGAAGAAGAAGAGUACCCAGUCCCAGACUCCACCAGCUUCAGCUCCCCCCACAUGCCUUCACCUCCCGAAGCGGAGCCACAGGUUUGCCCGGAGAGCGACGCCCUCCCCGCGGCGGCUCCGACUCCAGCUCCAGCUCCAGCCCAGCCAGCAGCGUCAUCCCCCGCAGAGGAAGCGCAGCCACCGGCGGACACGCAGCGAGCACCGGCUCCGGCAUCUUAUGUUCCUUCUUCUCCUUCUAAAGCUCAGCCUCAGACUCUGAUGCAAUUCCCUACAGAACUUGGGCAGAAGGGUGAUUCCCCUGCUCCAAUUUCCCCUCUUUCCCCUCUCCACUCCCCUGAUUCCCUGGAAGAGCUCUCUCUGACGGAGAGCCCCAACCAGCCCUAUCCCUCAGGAUCGGCUGCACCCCAGGGCUCCCUAUCCUCUAAGGCCCUCCAGUCCACGGAAAUGCCCUGGGAGGAAGACCAAGAUGACUCCGGACCGGACCGUAGUCAGAAUAGGGGUGAAUUAGAUAAUUUAACUGGUCCUUACUUGAGUUUAGGGAAAGACCCAGGGCCCCACAUUCUAUGCGAAGACAGUGGAGUGUCCUUCUCGCCCGAGGAGAAGCAAACUAGUUUGGACCCAGAGUCUCACGUUGCCUCUAACCCAACAGAGCACUGGGAUUCACCGUUCCUUGCAUCGCAAGACACCUCCAAGGUCUCCAUGGAUCCCUUCUCCAAGGACGCGCCGGCUGUCGGCUCUCCCGGGUACAAACCGGAGCUGCACAGCGACCCUUCUGAUGAUGACGACGACUUGAUGUACGAAGUCAAGAAGAAUAAUAACCCCUUCGAUGGCUUUUCCCCGCUGGCCGACAGCAGCUCCUAUAACUUUGGAGAGUCCAAAUCUGACAACCGGGCAGCUAAAGUGUCAGAAAGUCCCACUCCAGAUCUUGUCCAGUACAAACAAUCUGAAGAACUCCAGGAUAGCCCACUUUCGUUCGUCGACGAGGGCAAGACAUUGGAGACUGGCACGAAGGCUCUUGAGUCCUUCAUGAAGCCGGUCGGUCGGUUCUCGCCUGGUGUUGAAGAGGAGGAUGAAGACGAAGAGGAGGAUAGUGCUCUUCCCCCGUCGCUUCCAGACAUCCUGAAGUCUUCCCCGCUCAACCCUGACAAACUGGACUCUGGUUCUUCUGAGGGAAGUCCAGAGGAGCAGAGUCCCAUUCUUGAACGUAGAAUGAUGGAGUCGCCCAACCCCCCGAUCAACCUCUCCGCCAACAACCCCUUUGCGCUGGAUGCAAAAGUGUCUCUGCUCAAGGAGAUGGCCGACGAGAUGGAGGUGAAAGUGUCUGAAAAACCCGAAGAUGUGAAAAGCUUCGGAGCGUUUGAUCUGGUCAAAGAGGCGGAGGAGACUACCCCCGCGCAGGUGAAAGUCGAGGAACCUGUCAAGCUGGAGCAGAAAGAUUGGUUCUCGAGUCACGCAACCCCCCAAAUGACUGAGAAAUUUGAGCCUCUCCACUUUGAAAGCAAGAAAGCGACCGUUGAAGAUUCAGAUUCCGAGUCGGCGACCGCAGACUCUCUGUCUCCGGUCCUGGAAGCCAUGGCCAAGAACCCUGCCGUCUUCCAAGUGGAGAAGGGUGACACCCAGGUGGAGCCGGAGGUGGUCGAAGAAGUCUCCGAGCACGAGGUCUCGUCUGAGGAAUUUGAGUUCAUUGAAAGACCGCCUAAAGGAGCCAUAGAUGAGUUUCUGGAGGCUCUUGACACGUCCAAGUCGGCGCCUCCUAAAAUCCCGGAGAUACCUGUAGAUGACGACGUGAGCUUUGAGCGGAAAGGGGCUUCUGCUCCGGCGCCUCCCGAGGUGGCUGUCGAAGCCCCGGGUCCGAGCUCGUACCGCCUCCUGACCCAGUCCUCCCCCCAGAAGAGCAAGGCUGAGCUGGAGAAACCGCCAGUCCAUUCGGCGGCGCCCAAGAGUGCGCUAUUCAGGAUGCCGAGCGUGAACCUUUUAGCAGUGGUGGAUCUGUUGUACUGGCGCGACGUGAAGACCACCGGCGUGGUGUUCGGCGCGGCGCUGCUCCUGCUGCUGUCCUUGACCGUGUGCAGCAUCGUCAGCGUGUGCUCCUACGUGGGCCUGGCGCUGCUCUCCGUCACCGUCUGCUUCCGCAUCUACAAAGGCGUCCUGCAGGCCGUCCAGAAGUCCGACGAGGGACACCCUUUCAAGCAGUACCUGGAGCGUGAGGUGGCUCUGUCGGAGGACCUGGUGCACAAGUACGGAGAUGUUCUCCUGGAGAAGAUCAACAAGACCGUGGCUGAGCUCAGGCGUCUCUUCCUGGUCGAAGACUUGGUGGACUCCAUUAAGUUCGCCGUGCUGAUGUGGAUCCUGACCUACGUGGGCGCUCUGUUCAACGGACUCACGCUUGUCAUUCUGGCCGUGAUCGCAGCUUUCAGCUGUCCCAUCGUCUAUGAGAAACACCAGGCUCAAAUCGAUCAUUACCUGGCACUGGUCAAUAACCAAAUCAAAGACGUGGUUGGAAAGAUCCAGGCCAAAGUUCCUGGGAUGAAACCUAAAGCCGAGUGACAAGACCGAGAAGGGGGAAAGUGCGGAAAGAAGAAGCCGGCUGCAGAGACGUGAAGGAAGGAAGGAAGGAAGUAUGGAUGGAGGGAGGAGGCGUGCUCGUGUGUCGCCCUCCUGUGGUUGUUAAAUAAUAAACCCCCUUUUUUUUCAACUUGUGAACUUUUUUGGCUUGUGUGUGAGAAGAGGAAGAAGGUCCCCACCCCGCUUCUCCGAGGGAGCCGACGCUCCCCCUCGGUCGUUGUUUUGGCGGCUGCCGUUGACACUUUUUGUUUGUUGUUUUAUUGUGAAAAGCUAUUUUAUAAGAACGCAAAAACUCCAGAUGGGUUUUUUUUUUUCCUUUUUCUGUACGGCCGGCAACGUCCUCCUGUUUUUUAUUUCUGCGCGAAGGACGGCGGGCGUAGAGGCGAGCGUUUGGCCACGUUUUCAUCUUCACGGCUUGUAACUCAUUAGGGUCAUCUAGAAAACCUUUGGCAGUUGUCGUUUUGGUGUUAUGGCCGCUGUGUAGUGACGGGAGAAACAUCCACCUCCGAAGUAUAAUAAAAAUAUAGAAAAAAAAAACAAAACAAGGCAUACUAUGUUGAGCGCAACACUUUAUAAACUUCCAGCAUUUGUUUGAAUCAACUUGUUCAUACUUCAAAUUGUGACCAGAAUAAAAAAAAGUCUGUGGAAUGCGUUGUGAGAUGUAAACAUUAUCCACCAAUAAAGCUUCUAGAACAACAAACAACA